AUGACAAUCGAUAGAGCUGGUAGGCCCCCUGCGCCAAGAAGAAGCUCCACCUACAAAAGUUACGAUGAACUUGGUCACAUCGAUAGAGGCAAACCACUUAGACAUCGUCACGGUGGUGUCGAAGAUCUUAGCGGAUUGGAAUCCAGACCACAAAGGUCAUACGAUACCCAUGAUUUAGACAAUAUAACUCUCCUUAGCUCUGAAGAAAUACAACGACCGAAAAGAAAAACAAUUGAAGGUCUUGCAAGCGGUUUUAGGAGAACUUUCUCUGUUAGAAGUAAAAGGGACGAAUCGGAUGCAAUACCAAUGGAUACAUUUAGCGUGACCGGUGAAAACUUCGCUACCGUAAGAGGAGCGCCGUUUGGAAGACGUAGAUCUCUUUCUAGAGACCGUGAAUCUUCACUCCUGGGUAGAAGCUCGUCUGAAGGAGACGUGAGAAUGCCGCCUCCUCGAGCUCCACCAGCCAAUCCCACUCCACGUCUGCAUCGAUGUCUUCGCGUUCUUGGUGGAAGCUGGAAGAAUCUUUUACUAUGUGAGUCUUCGCGACUUAUCACUAGCUUGCCUAAUCAGAAAACUCCCUAA